GGAUUUUUGGAGUACAGUUUGUCUCUUUCUUGGGUUAUAAUUCUUGCCUAUAUUAUUAUUUUUUGAACAAAUAACUCUUGCCUGUAUAAUUGCAACACAUUCUAUUAUUACAUGCUCAAACUAGGCCUCUUCAUUUUUAAACAUUUUUUACACUCAGUCAAUCAUAGAAGAUGAGAGACAAGCAAGUUUGUGAAGAGAGAGAGGGAGAGGAUGUAUCAUCGGAGUUUUGCUGGUGGCGAACGUGUGCCACAGCGGAAGAGAUGAAUAGCUUGAAGGUUAGUAGCAUCUCCGACGUAGGGAGUUUGACUCCAAGGCUUAAGGUGAUGAGAGAAAUGGAGAGGCUAGCAAUGGUAGCAUCUGAGGGUCUAGAUGAUCUUCGACAUAGGCUCGUGGCUUACCGGGCUGGGGAUAUGUGGGUUCCUAUGGGUGGGGUUAAGAAGGAAGACAUGGAGAUCCCGUCAACCGUUACCAUUCUCUUGGUUGGCUUUGCUGCAGGUGGGAAGAGUUCUUUGAUCAACCUUAUGUAUAGUGUGCUUGGAAGAGCUGGGAUCAUACCCUUCGCUCAGACAUCAGGAAGCUCAGUAAACUCUGAAUCAACAACAAUGUUUUUGGAGGAACACAAUGUCUUAAGAUCAGUGAGAGCAGGGUUCUGUGUGUUCGAUUCAAGGGGGUUUGACUACAGUGAUCGAGCAGACAAGAGCCUCAUCGAGCUGUCCCAGUGGACCUCUGAAGGAGUCAAGCACAAUCAGCCUUGCAGCAGAUUAAGCGAUGAGACUCGCAACAUUACCAUUGGAUCAACAACAACAUCAAGAAAGUAUAGUAAGAGGCAAGUCAACUGUGCAAUUGUGGUUGCUAAUAUGGCUGAUCUUUAUGAUCGUUUACAGGCUGGUGACUCAAAACAUUUGGAGGCAACAAGAGAAGUGUUUUGCCACCCUGGUUUGAAAAGAGGCAAUCAGAACCCAAUUUUAGUUCUCACACAUGGUGACAAACUAACAGCUGAGGAACGUAUUGACGGUCGGGUCAAAAUAUGUCAAUUUUUGGGGAUUUCUGAAACAAGUGGAGUUUAUGACAUUGUUUGCCUCACUGAGUGUGGAGUCCUAGCUGAAGAAUGUGACCCGGUCACUGCAUACGCCCUAACCGAGGCUGUUUACCGGGCACUGCUCGUGUCCGACAUGAGCCAUCUUCCUAAGAAGAACUUCAAAGAUAGAGCACUCUACGUGGUUUCAUGGUUCCUUUGCUUGAUUGGUUCUUUCUUUGCUUUACUUGCUCGUCUCUUCUCCGGUCCAAGUCAAAAGUAUCACAAGUUCAAAUAAAUCUUCUUAGAGGGGACUCGACGGAUUUGAUGUUUGUUCGUGUUCAUCUACAUUAUACUUCGUAAUUAGUAGGGUGAUUACCUAAUCGAAUCAUCCUUUCGGAUGAAAUAACAGCUCUGAGCUGACAUGUUUGUACGUACAUCUUACGGAAGGCUUGUAUUUGUUUGUUUGAACAACCUUGCUUAGCACAUCUUGUGCAUUGCCAUAUUGUGGGCAAUCUGCACGAGAGAUUACCUAUAAGUUUUUAUUUUAUGUUUUUUGCGCUAGAUGCGUCUUUACAGAAAUGUAUGCAUGCAUGAUGCUUGACUCUCAUGGCAUGUUUUGUUAAAAAUGUUUAUAAUAUUAUACUAGUA